AUGGCAGGUCGUUUAGCUGUGUUAGCGCUCUUGCUGGUUUGUGUUGUUUGGGGAGCUUGGCUAAACUAUGUUGCAAGUGCUCGCGUUGAUGAAGGUGAGGUACAGAUGAACUAUUUUUUCAGGUUUUUUCUUCGCCGAACUACAUCUGAUUCAGUACGUUGUUUUUCUCAGUUGCGGCUUUAGUUGCGGAAAUGUUCUUUACUAUUAUUUCAGCUAUUAUAUACUCAAAAAGACCUUGAGGGGUCGUAAUUUGUCAUGAAAUAUUUCAGUCGCUGCAGGCCAGACAUAAAAAUUGCCGAAGAUUUUGUCAGUCCGCGCCGACCAACCCAAGGCACUCAACCACGGUUUCCUCCUAAGUGCAUCGAAAACACUUCUUAGGCUAUCCAGAGUACUUUUAGAUCUCUAGAAAUGCAUUUUAAGCGGCGCUAUGGUCAUCCUAGGGUAACUUGGGUCUUUUCGAAAUUACAAGUCAUUACGUGAAAGGCUUCAGUAUUAUUUUCCCGAAAAUUUUAGACGCAUUUUUAAGUAUUACGAAAGAAAGAAUUUUUUGAUUACUCUGUCCAUCACAUUUUCGAAUCCGCAGAUUUUAGGUUUACUUUUUUGUACAAGGGAAGUGAAAUGCGAAAAAAGUAAACUUUUGAAUUGAAAAUCCAAGAAUGGAACGGUCAUCUAACAAUGUUUAGCCUUCCUCAAGCUAUAGAAAAUUCUAGGCAAUAUUUGCUUCUCCGAACAGAUAUUUUGUAGAAAAUAGUUGUUGGGUGCCCCUGACCAACCGUUACCUGAACCGAGAGCCGCUCGAGUUGUACAACCUAAGUAUAUAUUUCACGCAUGCGAAUUUUUUCAGUCGGGCUUAACAGAGAUUUCGCCAUCUCGGGAGAAACUUUUAAAAUCAUCGUGUUGAAACACAUGCCGUUUGAAUGACGCUUUGCCAGUGGCCUGCUAUAAGUGAGGCUAUGAUCUAAGUUGCCUAGUGGUUUUAUAAGUGAAUGUGAACUGAAAGCGACUGAGCCAGGCUCGACUGUCUGAUCGCAAUUAAAUGUGGUGGAGUUUUCCAAGCCCCAAAUUGUUCAUGAAAACUGGGCCCGUAAAAUUAAUUGGAAACUUUCUCUUUAUUUGCAAUGCCUUACAGUUUAGCAAAACGUACUUGGAAAGCACCAUAUAGAUAGUUCGAUAUAUGUAGCUCACGCACACUGGUAUGGCCACUUUCUGUUAAAAGUUUAUAGAAAGGAGAAGUCGUUACGUCACUUUGCCAUGGUAGCAAAAGUUUUGAAUGACAAACCGAAAAAGUCACUUAAAAGUCUAUUCGCACUAUUUCAAACUUCACUGACCUUAUUCAAUUUUAUUUAAUUUGGCAAAUUAGGGCGAAAUUUUCUUUGGGACCAUAUCUAACGUUAUCUAAGUUUAGAAAGUGAAAGGGACAAAUUUUUAUUGUGUUCACCUACUUUAUAAAUCGGGCUCGUGAAAUUAGCCUAAGGAACUUUUAUGUCGUAGUGGUGCAACGACGGCAAAGAAAUGUACAAAAUAGCGUGAUGUACGUGCAAGUUGUUGUUUGUUAAUAUAGACGUAUCAUAUUUUGCCGAACUCCUUGCCGUCAUCGUCGUUGGUUUUGUUGUCAUCCAGAAAUAGUGCUACCAUGGUAACGUGACUUCACACCUCUCAUCUCUAUUGAGAAUGAAAUUCAAGUACCGUACACUGAGUGACAAGUGGCCGCAAUGUCCAUAAAACAAAGUAAAUAAAUACGCUUGCACCAGCCAUGCUUUGCUCGAAAUUGUACUUUCAUGGAAGUGUGGUGGUUUUUUCUACUGAAACGGGACGAACGCUAGCACUUCAAAUGGAGAUGAAAUUUGAACCUGUUAGGACUUGCCGUAAUGUGAUUGAUAUGCUCACCUUUUUUCUACAUUGUUCCUUUUCACCCAAUUUGGUUGUUAAAAAUUAGUAACGAUUAGCUUUACAUGCACUGCUGACGAAACUUUUGUGUUAAACUAGACGUUGUCUUCAACUGUCAAGGGUUAGAGUAAGAGAAAUAUGCUCCACCAAUUUAAAAAUUAAAAGAGUAGGUCACAACAGUACCAAUCGUUUCUGUUUUUUUUGUUAGGCAUUGUAAAACAGAGAAAAAUUCCUUGUUAAUUUAAUAAAUGCAUCAGUCAAUUGAAAUCCCGGCUCCCCGACCACAGCGAUUUGGCGGGGAAUUUAACAUUGGCGGCGUGUUAAAACACCUCUAAUUUCCCGGCUCCCCGGGCCAAACAGUUUCAUUGUUAAAAGUCCCGUAUAACAGGGCACUAGUAGUUCAUUAACAAACAACAUGAUUCAGUUCGGAUUAAACAGUAUUUGCUGGUCUCAACUGUACUUGUUCCUAAAUUCAACCAUAUUUUUAACUAUUUACCAACGGCAGUGAAAUUGGACCUCUUUAUAAUUGACCUACAUUCAAAUUCAAUCAUGGUGUGCGUACAUCGGGCCGAGGCACACUAGGGAGGGAAAGACCAGGGUCAAAAAAUCUACCUUUAAGACCUGAAACAGUGCCAUGGAACUAAUUCUGCUUAUUUUGAAAAUGGUUUCUGGGUAUCCCCUGGCUACCUUCCUUCACGAGAGGUGCAUAGCAAAUCGGAGCCGCGCGAUGUUCACAUGGUGAUGUGCAUGUCCAAAUGUUGUUGCCUUUAUUUGAACAGUUACUGCGUUUACACCUCCCUAACAGAACACUGCAUAUCACACUCAGCAACGUUUGAAAAUACAAUGAUAGAGCUUAUGGUUUUCCUCAGUGCUUCAUGAAAUGCUGUUACUAGGCUUUGUAGAUCAGUUGGACAAAAACAUAUUAGUGCAGUGUCAUUGGCAGGUAUGUUAUUAAUAAUUACUGCAUUUUCACCGCACUCAGCUUCUUGCAAAGGAGAUCGAAAUUGAGUGUCAUUGGCAGGUAUCUUAUCAAUAAUUACUGCAUUUUUGGCUUCGUUUAUUCGAGCCUUGUUCGAGUACCCGUUUUUGCAAUUCAAUGUAAUUUAUAGUCGGUUAUUAAUAAUUACUGCAUUUUCACCGCACUCAGCUUCUUGCAAAGGAGAUCGAAAUUGAGUGUCAUUGGCAGGUAUCUUAUCAAUAAUUACUGCAUUUUUGGCUUCGUUUAUUCGAGCCUUGUUCGAGUACCCGUUUUUGCAAUUCAAUGUAAUUUAUAGUCGGUCAUUGAAUUCUCUCUUAACUUUAUUAAUUUCUGUUUCAGGAAAUUGCGGUCAAAACAACCGACGCAUCACAUUUCUGACACCAGUCAGCGGUUUCUACCUUGAAGGACACGUGAUUUCAAAUCAUUCCGUGGAACUAAACCUAGAUUGCCAAGACCAAUGCGCCCUUGCGAGGGAAUGUGUUUCAUAUAAUAUUGGUCCAACGAUCAACAACAAGUUGACCUGUGAACUCAGUAAUUCAGAUCACUUGCAGCACCCAGAAGAUCUCAAACCAAGAAAAGACUGGAUCUACAGAGGCACACAGGUACAUGUAGAACGUACAAUGGCUCAACCCAACUUUAAGAAUUCACUAUCCUUAUGUAGUAACGAUUUGCUUAAAUUUUAUUUUAAAACGGUAUCAGUUAUAAAGUUAAUGGGUCUACUGGAGAUGCAUGCAAUAUAGGUUGGUUCACACUAGCCGUUAUACCCAUGAGUAAAUGCCUGUUAACCACGGGGAAGCAACGUUUCUGGUGUCCGAUUUUCCCAAAAUGAAAUUAUUGCUGGGAAAAUUUCCAUGGAUACAUAAAAAAGAACAGAAGAUGAUGAUAACAAACUAAGAUGUUGAUUUUUCCAUACACUUCUUUUAAAUUAGAAUCCUUGCGCCACGAGCCCCUGCCUGAACCACGGAACAUGUUACAUGGGAUAUACUGAGAAAAAAUACGUUUGUGUUUGCCCAGCUGACUUAAGAGGUGAAAACUGCGAAGGUAAAACGUGUUCUGCUAGCUUGAGUACAACCUUGUAUUUGCUAAAAUUCUCUUAUUUAUAACAAGGGUUUAUGACACAUAAUUAAGUAUCAUGAUCAGUGAAAUGAUGCAAGAAGAUCCUCCUGGUCGACAAUGGAGAGUUGCAGAAAAUGCAAUUAAUUUCAAGACGCUGUUAAAGUCUAGUUGUUGUGUUUUUUUUUCGCGUUAAAAACUUGCAGGAGAGCGUGCUAUUUGUAAUUUUUUGUUGCCACUUUCUUGACUUCCAUCAUUCAGGGUGGAACCCCUCUCUACGGACACCCAUAUAUUCGGACAGUUUCGUUUGUCGUAACCAAUCAAAUCAGCACCAAUCCAAAACUUCCAAUGCUCCCCCGCGGGGUAGUGACUAAGAAAGAUGGCAUCUGGUGCCUUAUCACUGAUAUUUUUUCUCUCCACGGUUUUUCAAUUAAUUAUUACAUUACUAAGGAAGCCUUCGCAUUGCAUUACGCUACCUUCCACCAAGCUCUCUCUCUAGUUGCACGUCACGGCCCUCGUGGUAAAACUAAACAUCAAACACGCCUUCCGACACUGCCCAGCCUGCCCGAAGAACCGCGAGCUACUCGGCAUCCACUGGCAGGGCAACUUCUACAUUCUCCGCCUCCCCUUUGGCUUACGAUCCCAUCCCUUGCCCCUUGCCCCUUCUUCUUUAAUCACUUGGCCGACGCCUUUGAGUGGCUCCUGAAGAACAACUAUCACAUUCAAGACCUCAUGCAUGAAAUGGAUAACUAUUUUGCGGUUGGUUCUCCCAAUUCUUCGAUGUGCACCCACAAUGUCGAAACCAUCCCUGAUGUAGCUUCUCAAGUGGGCAUACCAUUGACCCCAGACAAACUUGUAGGACCCACCACCCGCUUGGUUUUUCUAAGUAUCCUCACCUUUCUUGCUGAAUCGUAAUUCUUCCCCCCGAUCAGCAAUAUCAUCUCCAUAAAUAUAGGUCUCAAAACAGCUCUAUACUGCACAGAAACAAUUCCAAAGAUUUCCCAAAGAUACAUGUGUACAUCCGAACCUGAAUUUAUCGAGAAAAGCUCAGAUCGUUAGCUCAUAAAACCGGACCAUUCACAUAAAGAUUUCAAAAAAAGCCAAUCACAUGUUACCCGGAUACUUUAAUACAUUCUCAAUAGUCUCCAGGGCGUUUUAUCAGUUCGCUAAGAACCGCAUCAGAAUCAGAAUGUUCUUCGCCCCGGUUUGCCAUUUUGACAAAAAUAAUGGUAAAGUCAUAUCCAUCCGUCUGACAGUUUACAAUUUCUAUGCGGUGUACCGGGCAUAUUGAAUAAUGAGGCACUCGCAUGUUGUGAAAAUUAUCAGUCUAAAAUCAAUUGGACACUUUCUCUCUGUAGUUGGGUUAUCAUUCAGCGAUUUAAUAAUUAAUAAUUUAAUAAUUGCUAAUUAAUGGCUUGUGUAUAUAACUCUGCCUAUAUUGCAAUAUCUGUAUCACCUCCAUCUAUCCUUUCACAGAUUUUUACUCAACACCUCAACUUCCGACAGUUAACAAUUUUUAUGCGUAGCACACGACAUCUUGAAUAAUGAAGCACAGCGUUUCUUAAUUAAUGACUGAAAUAAAUAACUUAGAUCUUUUUCUCUGCUCAGCAGCUGCAUUCUUAUCCUGCAGCCAUUUAAAGAAGGCACACCCUACAGCAACAAGUGGAAAUUACACUAUUGACUCAGAUGGCGAGGGAGAUCUGGAGCCAUUCUCAGUGUACUGUGACAUGACCAACAAGAACGGAGUUGGUGUGACAGUCAUAAGUCACGACAGUGAGAGCAGGACUAUUGUGGAUGGGUAUGAAGAUCAUGGUAGUUACUCACGUGAUAUUAAUUACACAGGAGCACGUCUAUCCCAGCUCGCCAGUCUCACCAAUGUCUCCUCACACUGCGAGCAGUUUAUCAAGUACGAGUGUCAACACUCAGGUUUCUUUUUUUACUCCGGUCCAGCCGGAUGGUGGGUGUCACGUGAUUCUACUAAGAUGACCUAUUGGGGUGGAGCAUCGCCUGGAAGUGGCAAGUGUGCAUGCGGGAUGAACAACACAUGCGCAAAUCCCAACAGAGGCUGCAACUGUGAUAAGAAUGAUGCUGUAUGGCGUGAAGACAGUGGUCUCCUUACUGACAAGACAAAGCUUCCAGUAAAACAGCUCAGGUUUGGUGAUACAGGUGAAAGUCACGAGAAAGGAUACCACACUCUUGGAAAAUUCAACUGUUAUGGCACAGCAUAA